GAGAAGUGCACACUCGGCACAAAGCCUGCGGAGCUACAGCGAAUAGAGGCCAGCAAGUUCUGCGAGGACGCAAUGGCGGAGUCCACGACCAUCCGCCUUGACGCACUGUUGAACUACAUUGGCGACUGCCACAUCGAUGUCACCUGCACCGUUGGCAGCCUGGUUCUGCGGCGACUGCAAGUCACUGGCGAGAUUGUGAUUGAGCUGGUAAGGCUCCAGAAGCACCCUCCCUGGUUCAGUGGGGACUUGGUGGUUGAAACAGAAGUUCUCGGUCUCAACGCCAACUUCGAAUUCAUUAAGCAGAAGUUGGUGGCAGCCCUGGGUGACGUCAUUGCUGGGCAGGCAGUUCUUCCGAACCGGUUCUGCAUUCCGAUUGGCGACGCCAUUAGCGAGGUUGACCUCCGAAUGCCAACUCCGCAGGGGGUGCUUAGACUCGUGGUGCUGGAAGCCGUUGGGCUCCCGGAUCCUGGACGCUCGCACUGGCACAACGUGUUCCGACCCUUCCUGGGUUCAAGGGGAGUCACCGAAGGACCAGACGUGCAUCCUUACGUGGAGGUGGCUAUCGGCGCCCAGGUUCAGAGGACGAUCGUGGUGAACGGCAGCCUCUCCCCAAAGUGGGAGCACGGCAACUGCUUCGACUUCGUCGUUGACGACAUCAAGCGCCAGGAGAUGCAGUUUGCUGUCCACGACAGCGACACAGGAGCUUUCAAGUGGAAGGCCACAGUGCUGGGCUCGAAUGGAGCGAAGUUGGCCUCCUUGCUCGAAGGGCAGAAGCUGGAG